AUGAGGAUUCUCUGUUUGCAUGGUGCUGGCAGUUCCGGCGCCAUUCUUGAAAGGCAAAUGUCCAAUCUACGGCGCGAGCUCGACCCCAGCUUCGAGCUUGUCUUUGUAGACGGACCAUUCGAGUGUGGAAGAGGACCUGGCGUUUCCCAAUACCAGACCGGUCCAUUCUUUUCCCACACUCAAGGCUAUUCUCCUGCAAACAUGGCUCAGGCAUUGAGUUACCUUGAGGACAUCCUUGAGGACGAGGGCCCCUUUGAUGGAAUCUUUGGGUUUAGCCAGGGCUCGGCGGUGACCCUGUCAUAUUUUCAUCAGCAACAGACAGUCGGCAACCCUGUAGCAGUCAAAUUUGCCUGUCUUUUCUCGACCGCCAUGCCGUGCAGCUCGGAUGCGAACUUGGGGCACGCCGUUAUAUCAAAGCUGCGAGAAAGGGAAUACGAUUUAACGGCCAAAGCCGGAGCCACAGGCAAAGGUCUGACGAGCGAAGAGCGCGAAUUGGUCGAGAUACUCCAGCGAACAGUCGUUGACGCAGCCAUCCAAGACCCCCUUUUCCCGUGGACUGACAUGAACAUAUAUCGUCGGGGAGAACUGGACGAUAUUCCGCGCGUCAUGUAUUCGUCGGCUCUGGCACACAAGAUCCAAGUCCCAACAGUCCAUGUAUGGGGUCAAAACGACACUGGGUACAUGGUUCAAAUGGCGCAGCUUUCGAGCAGUCUGUGUGACCAGUCCGUAACCAAAACAGUUUUACACAGUGGGUCACACGACAUGCCAAAGAAGCAGAUCGAGAUCAAAGCUGUACUACGAGAGAUCAACUGGGCUUUAGCACGGGGAUAG